UGAAGUGCUUUUUAUUAUCUCCGUGAAGUGUUUUUUUUUUGUAUUCAUCAUUCGGGAGAAUCUGAUUGUGUGUCUGACGUUCGAUUAUUAGUGCAUUUGUCCGUGAAUUAUGACGAGUUCGAGUCAUGGGGAUGUGAAGCACGGAUCGAGGCUGAGAAAAAUGAAUACGAAGUAUUUCUCGUUCAAAUGGAAGACAGAGGCUGGGGAAAGUACCUCGGAGAGGAAUUCGGAGCAUUUGAGGAGCAGUGAGGAGGUUCUGGAUAACAGUGGGAGGAUUGGAUUCUUCAAGAGUUUUAAGAAGAAAUUGUCCAUCAAGAGGUUCUGCAAGUCCAAGAGAAAGAUCAACACUGCAGAAUUGAGUAGAGUGGAUGGUGGUGGUUGUAGCGAGAGACCACUGUCCCCAGCUGAUGCAAAAUAUGAUACUGAAGUCAAGGAACGAGUGGGAAUGCCCAGUGAUGUUACAGAGAGGUCAAGAGCCUCGAAAAAUCAUUGCUCGAGUGAUUCUCUGCACAGAACAAGUGACAACUGCAGGGCUGAGGGGAAUAAUGAGCAGAGGAGUUGUAAAUCAUCGGGGAGGGCGAAUUUAAAUAGUGGGGAGGGCUCCUCUGACACGAGACUGAGUCAGCCGGGGUCACAGGGGACAGAGGGUGACUGUGGAGGUGCUGGAGGUGGUGCCAAUACUGGGGAAAAUGUGGAGAUGGUGGACGAGGGGGAGAAGGGAAAUUUAUCCAAUCUCUCGCAGGAGUUGUUGAAGCUCAGUAAAUACGGAUGGUACUGGGGACCUAUUUCUGGGGAUGAGGCUGAUGCCAAGCUGCAGGCUGAACCUGAUGGGGCUUUUUUGAUCAGGGACUCCUCAGACGACAGAUAUCUCCUCACGUUGAGCUUCAAAUCAGCUGGAAAACUGCUCCACGCUCGUGUAGAACACAGUGGAGGCAUGUUCUCCCUCUGCAAUCAAGGGGACAACGGUCGUUUCACCUCAGUACCAGCUUUGAUCGAUCACUCUAUGAAUUUCAGCAAAUCCGCUGUUUUCUGCUACUCGAGGCCUCGUUACCCCGGAUAUCCUGCCUUUCCUGUACGUUUAACAAAGCCUGUAAGUCGUUUCACACAAGUCAGGAGUCUGCAGUAUCUAUGUAGAUUUGUCAUUAGACAAAAUACACGUCUUGACAAUAUUCAUAAGCUUCCUCUGCCAAACACUAUUAAGGGAUACAUCGAAGAGGCACAUUAUUGAUUUUCCAAUGAAUCUAUAGACUGUUUUAUGAGAUAUAAUAUUGUUAUCAUUAAUAUUGCAUUUGCAAUUCAAUGUUGCUGAACAAAAUUUAUCUAGAAAUUGUUGGGUAACAAUUAUUUUUUAGUAAGGAGAUCUGAGUUGGACGAAAUUGUGAGAAUUGUAUUAAUUUUUUUAUCUUUAUUUUUUUGCUUCACUGAACAUUUUUCAUUUUAAUCAUUGAGUAGUUCAAUAUUUUAAGCAAUAUUUCUACAGAAAAUAUCUUGACGUAGUGAAUCGUCUCUUUGUUUUUUAACUUCCCUAUGGAAUUGGAAUUUCACUGUAGUUAAAAUCGUGAACUUAAUGCUCAGAUCCCCUCAACUCCAAAAAACCUUUCAUACAAGAGGAAAAUAUCGAACCAGAGUUUAAAAAACAAUUAAUUGAUGUACAUAAAAAUGAAAUUAUUUUCAAACUCAUUGCUAUACCUCUGGCAUCUAUAGAAGUUUGUAAACUAUAUUUCAGAAGAUUUUAAGGGGACAACUAAAAUGGUGAAACUACACAAAUUAAUUCACCUCACAAUUUAUCACUAGAAAAAUAGAGAAAUUAUUCUGAAAAUCUUUUUUGUACGGAAAUGAAUGAGACCUAAAAACAAUCUUUUUAAAAAUUCUGUCAUUCCCAGUUGUAAAAAAAAUUAUUGAGUAUUUGACUUUUUUAAUCAAUAUUUUUGCAAUCAGAAAUGAGGGUUUUGCAAAUUAGGAAUUUACUUUUCUAUAAAAAAUAUCCUUUGAAAUGCUAAAUUGUCUCUUUGUUUCACUAUUACAUUAUCUAACUUUUCUAUAGAAUUAAAGUUUCACUCCAAAAAAACUUUCACACAAGAGAAAAAUAUUAGAUCAGAAUUUAAAGACCAAUUAAUGAAGGAAUUAAUUAAUUAAUUAAUUAAUUGAUGCACAUAAAUAUGGAAUUAUUUUGAAAUUCAUUGCUACAUCUCUGGCAUUUCCAGAACUUCGUAAACUAUAUUUCAGUAGAUUUUAUGACACUUCGACAUAAUUAUCUAGUGCAUCCAUGAAGGCAACUCAAAUGGUGAUACGAGACAAAUUAAUUCACUUCAUAAUUUAUCUCCAGAGAGAUAGGGGAAUUAUUCUGGAACUCUUUCUUUUGUGGAAAUGAAUGAGACGCAAAACUCCUCUUUUUAAAAAGUUUGUCUACAUUAUAUUUUCAGAUAUUUACAUGAAAAAAAAAUUGAGUAGAAUUGAUUCAUCUCGUCCACCAUCCAAUUACUGAAUGGUUCUAAUUACUAAAAUAAUUACUUUAAAUUUAAGACUGAAACGCCAAAAUGAAGGAAACACCACUGCAUUCAAUCUUUCCUGAUUCUUAAUCUGAAAAGCUCAAAUUUUUUGCAUUUUUCUUCAAAAAAAUAUUGCAACGAAUAGUUCUACUAAAAAUUUAGACAAUAAUUUGGACUAUAAAAUUGUUUACUCCUCUGGAAGAAUGAUAAUUAGCUUUAAUUGAAAAUAUUGUUUAUUUUCCAAGAAAGAAAUUGACAACUUGAAUUUUUUACUAUCCUCAUUUUUAAUUAUAAAUAACUACAUAGUUAUGUAAAUACUGCGAUGCAUUUGGUAUAUUUUCACCUAUUCCAAUUCAUCCCGAGUAUAUUUCGUGCCUAAAAGAAUAAAUAAAUGAUAUUAAA